AUGUCCAAGGUUUCGGUUUCGGUUUCGGUUUCGGUUUCAGUUCCAAUUUCGCCUCCAAUGGAGUCGACGGGUGACAGAUUGAUGACUUUGGAGACCAAGGAUGGAAUUGCUUUGCAAGGUUACUCCUUUGGUGCAGAAGUUCCUGCGUCGGGUGAAGUUGUUUUCCAGACCGGAAUGGUUGGAUACCCCGAAUCGCUCACAGAUCCCUCGUAUGAAGGCCAAAUCUUGGUCAUCACCUACCCUUUGGUGGGUAACUACGGUGUUCCAGACAGGGAAUUGAAGGAUGACGACUACACUCCUGCAUUGCCCAAAUACUUUGAGUCCAACCGCAUUCACGUGGCCGGUUUGGUGGUGGCCCACUACACUGAGGAGUUUUCCCAUUUUUUGGCCAAGUCCUCGUUGGGCAAAUGGCUCAAGGAACAAAACAUCCCCGCCAUUUACGGGGUAGACACCAGGGCAUUGACCAAGAGAUUGAGAAGCAACGGGUCAACUUUAGGUAGAUUGGCGUUACAGAAAACGGGAGUCAAAUCCGAGCAAGUUAUCGCAGAUAAAUCGGGCAACUGGCAGCAGUAUUUCGAAGUUCCAGAUUACGUGAACCCCAACGUGCAAAACUUGGUUGCCAAAGUGUCCUUAAAGAAACCAGUGUUGUACACUCCAAAGGGCCAAGUCAAGUUGGGCAAAGACGGCAAACCUAUUAGAAUUCUUGCGGUUGAUGUCGGUAUGAAGUACAACCAAAUCAGGUGUUUUGUCAGAAGAGGCGUCGAGCUCUUGGUUGUGCCUUGGGACUAUGACUUUUCCAAAGAAGACUAUUCUGGUUUGUUCCUCAGUAAUGGUCCUGGUGACCCCGCCGUGAUGCACAGCACGGUUAAAGUGUUGGAAAAAGUCUUGCAAGAGGCCAAGACACCCGUUUUUGGUAUAUGUCUUGGACACCAGUUGUUGGCUAGGGCCUCGGGGGCAUCGACUUUGAAAUUGUUGUAUGGUAACAGAGGACAAAACAUUCCUUGUACCUCGACUGUUUCCGGUAGGUGCUACAUUACCUCGCAAAACCACGGUUACGCGGUUGAUACCAGUAGCUUGAAACUGGGCUGGAAGGAGUUGUUUGUCAAUGCAAAUGACGGCUCAAACGAAGGUAUCUACCACGAGAGCUUGCCAUUUUUCUCAGUGCAAUUCCACCCAGAAUCAACUCCAGGUCCAAGAGACACCGAGUUUUUGUUUGACGUUUUCAUCGAUGCCGUCAUUGCCCACGACAAGACCGGUAUUACCAAGCAAAUUGAAUUCCCAGGCGGUAAAAUUGAAGACAAUUUGGCUGCACAUCCUAAAGUCGACGUCAAGAAAGUGUUGGUCUUGGGUUCAGGUGGUUUAUCCAUUGGUCAAGCCGGUGAGUUUGACUACUCGGGUUCCCAAGCCAUCAAGGCUUUGAAAGAGGAAGGAAUAUACACCGUGUUGAUCAACCCAAACAUUGCCACUAUCCAAACUUCGAAAGGUUUGGCAGACAAGGUUUACUUUUUGCCAGUUAAUCCCGAAUUUGUUAGAAAAGUAAUCAAGCACGAGCGCCCCGAUGGUAUCUACUGUACCUUUGGUGGUCAAACAGCUUUGAGUGUUGGUAUUGCUUUGAAAGAUGAAUUUGCAGACUUGGGUGUCAAAGUGUUGGGUACCCCUAUCGAUACCGUCAUCACCACUGAGGACAGAGAAUUAUUUGCUAGUGCCAUGGCCGAAAUCGGCGAGAAAUGCGCUAGAUCAGAAGCUUGUAACAACGUCGAGGAGGCAGUUGAGGCAGCCAACGCAAUCGGUUACCCUUUGAUUGUCAGAGCCGCGUUUGCCUUGGGUGGUUUAGGUUCUGGUUUUGCCGACAAUGAACAAGAGUUGGUUGCCUUGUGUAACAAGGCUUUUGCUACUUCGCCUCAAGUCUUGGUGGAAAGAUCCAUGAAAGGAUGGAAAGAGGUGGAAUACGAAGUUGUUCGUGAUGCCUUUGACAACUGUAUCACCGUUUGUAAUAUGGAAAACUUUGACCCCUUGGGUAUCCACACCGGUGACUCCAUCGUGGUGGCUCCUUCGCAAACCUUGUCUGACGAAGACUACAACAUGUUGAGAACAACCGCCGUCAAUGUCAUUAGACAUUUGGGUGUUGUCGGUGAGUGUAAUAUCCAAUACGCGUUGAACCCAUUCUCCAAGGAUUACUGUAUUAUAGAAGUCAAUGCGAGAUUAUCACGUUCCUCGGCGUUGGCCUCAAAAGCUACCGGUUACCCAUUGGCAUACACUGCUGCUAAAUUGGGAUUGAACAUUCCUUUGAACGAGAUCAAAAACAGUGUCACAAGGUCGACUUGUGCUUGUUUCGAGCCCUCGUUGGACUAUGUCGUGGUCAAGAUUCCAAGAUGGGAUUUGAAAAAGUUUACUCGUGUUUCCUCCUUGUUGUCUUCGUCAAUGAAGUCUGUUGGUGAGGUGAUGUCAAUUGGUAGAACUUUUGAAGAAGCAAUCCAAAAGGCCAUCAGGUCAACCGACUACCAAAACUUGGGUUUCAACGAGACAAAGGCGUUGAUGUCUAUUGAUAUCGACCAAGAGUUGCAAACGCCUUCCGACCAGCGUCUUUUUGCUAUUGCCAACGCGUUGAAAGAUGGCUACUCUGUCGACAAGGUUUGGAAAUUGACAAAUAUUGACAAGUGGUUUUUGAACAAGUUGGAUGGCUUGAUCAAGUUUGGUGACAAGAUUGCCAGCUACGGCCAAAAGGAAAACUUGCCCGUUUCCAUCAUUAGACAAGCCAAGCAAUUGGGUUUCGAAGAUAGACAAAUUGCUAGGUUUUUGGACAGCAACGAAGUUGCCAUUAGAAGAUUGAGAAAAGAUGCCGGUGUCAUUCCAUUUGUUAAGCAAAUCGAUACCGUGGCUGCCGAGUUUCCCGCCUUCACCAAUUACUUGUACGUCACGUACAAUGCCGAUUCUUCAGAUGUGUCCUUUGACGAUCACGGUGUCACUGUUUUAGGGUCCGGUGUCUACAGAAUUGGUUCCUCGGUUGAGUUUGACUGGUGUGCUGUUAGAGCCAUUAGAACCUUGAGAGAUAACAAGAUCAAGACAAUCAUGAUCAACUACAACCCCGAAACCGUUUCCACCGAUUACGACGAGGCCGACAGAUUGUACUUUGAGACCAUCAACUUGGAAAGAGUGUUGGAUAUAUACGAGUUGGAGCAGUCGGCGGGUGUCAUCAUCUCCAUGGGUGGCCAAACUUCAAACAACAUUGCCUUGCCCUUGUACAGACAAAACGUCAAGAUCUUGGGCACGUCUCCAGAGAUGAUUGACUCUGCCGAGAAUAGAUACAAAUUCUCGAGAAUGUUGGACAAAAUCGGUGUUGAUCAACCAGCCUGGAAAGAAUUGACCUCGAUCGACGACGCUGAAGAGUUUGCUGAAAAAGUAGGUUACCCAGUCUUGGUUCGUCCUUCUUACGUCUUGUCCGGUGCUGCCAUGAACACCGUCUACUCGAAAGACGACUUGGCUUCAUACCUUACCCAAGCAGUCGACGUUUCGCCCGAUUACCCAGUGGUCAUCACCAAAUACAUUGAAAAUGCCAAAGAAAUCGAAAUGGAUGCUGUUGCCAAAGACGGUAAGAUGGUCAUGCACGUUGUUUCCGAGCACGUGGAAAAUGCUGGUGUCCACUCGGGUGAUGCGACAUUGAUUGUGCCUCCUCAAGACUUGGACCCGGAAACAGUGCGCAGAAUCGUUGAAGCCACAGCUAAGAUUGGUGCAGCUUUGGACAUUACUGGUCCUUACAACAUCCAGUUCAUUGCCAAGGACAAUGACAUCAAGGUGAUUGAAUGCAAUGUUAGAGCUUCAAGAUCGUGUCCUUUUGUCUCCAAAGUUGUUGGUGUCGACUUGGUCGAGAUGGCCACCAAGGCCAUCAUGGACUUGCCAAUUACUCCUUAUCCAGGUGAAAGAUUACCAGAAGACUACUGUGCAGUCAAAGUGCCUCAGUUUUCAUUCUCGAGAUUGGCUGGCGCUGACCCGGUCCUUGGUGUCGAGAUGGCUUCCACGGGUGAAGUUGCUACAUUUGGUAGAAACAAAUACGAAGCAUACUUGAAGUCGUUGUUGUCAACUGGUUUCAAGUUACCCAAAAAGAAUAUUUUGUUCUCAAUUGGUUCUUAUAAGGAGAAGCAAGAGUUGUUGCCCAGUAUCGCCAAAUUGAGCGAGUUGGGCUACAAGAUCUUUGCCACCGCCGGUACUGCCGAUUUCAUCAAGGAGCACGACAUUCCAGUUCAUUAUUUGGAGGUCUUGAGCAAAGAUGAAAACCAAAAGUCCGAAUACUCAUUGACUCAGCAUCUCGCCAACAACUUGAUUGAUUUGUAUGUCAACUUGCCAUCUUCCAACAGGUUCCGUCGUCCAGCUUCGUACAUGUCUAAAGGUUACGAAUCACGUCGUAUGGCUGUUGACUACGCUAUACCUUUGGUCACCAAUGUCAAGAAUGCCAAAUUAUUGGUUGAGGCCAUGGCAAGAAACAUCUCGCUUGAAGUAUCCAACAAGGACGCUCAAACUUCACACGGUACAGCAGUCUUGCCAGGUUUGAUCAACUUUUCUUCUUUUGCAACUUCAUUGAGCGAUUUCGAAAAGACCACUAAGGAUUCUUUGGCCGCUGGUUUCACAUUCAAUGCAUUCUUGCCACAUACCACGACUGGUCCCGCAGUAACGGACUACAGAUCUUUGGUUGACGCCAUUGAUCAGGCGGGUGCCGUUGCCUACACCGAUUACUCCGUGUCGAUAGCUGCAACGGAAACCAAUGCGCAAAGCGUGGCCGAUGCAGCUGACAAUGCCGGCGCAUUGUACAUUCCAUUCAACGACAUUGACGGAUCUAAAAUCUCAACCGUGAGUGCUCAGUUUUCAGCAUGGCCCGAGAAUAAGCCAAUUGUCACCGAUGCUAAAGCUACGGACUUGGCAUCUGUUUUGUUGUUGGCCUCCUUGCAUAAUAGAGCAGUGCACAUUGGAAAUGUUUCAUCAAAGGAGGAUUUGGAUUUGAUUUUGAUGGCCAAGAGUAAGGGCUUGAAAGUGACAUGUGACGUUGCUGUGCUCACCUUGUUCCUCUCCAAAGAAGAGUUGAACUUCCCAUUCUUGCCAUCAAAGAAUGACCAAGAUUACUUGUGGCUGCACUUGUCUGACGUUGACUGUUUCUCCAUUGGAGUGUUGCCCUACUUGGUGGCCAAGGCAUGCGAUGAGAAAAUCAGACCUGCAUUGGGAAUAAGCGAGACUAUCCCACUCUUGUUGACUGCUGUGAAUCAAGGAAAGCUCACAAUCGGUGACAUUGUCGAAAAAUUCUGCCACAAUCCAUCAAAGAUCUUUAACAUUCCUAAGCAAGAUGCACAAGUUGUCAUUGACUUGGACAGGUAUUUCGAAGUGAAACCCGUAUAUCCUGGUCUCUCGAAGUUGAGAUUGAGAGGAGCCAUCGAGAGAGUUUCAUUUCACGGCGAGACUGUUUGCUUGGACGGCUCGGUGCUUGCUGAUGCUGCAUUGGGAAAGAACGAAGCUGGUUUGAGGUCAAACUUCAACAGCGCUUCCGUUCCACCAUCGCCAGUCUUGGGACAAAAGAGGGUUUCAUUUUCGUCGAUGCGCCGACCAUCGUUCACGCCUACACCAGAGCCUCAGCCUGCUGUCUUUGAAAAAUUGGGCUCGGAGUUGGUUUCUCAGCCGGUAGCUGGCUCGUUGGGUGAAAUUGCCGCCUUGAGCGAUUACAUCAGAACCAACAAUACCUUUUUGAGGAGCAACAUCUUGUCGGUCAAGGACAUUACCAGAAGAGACUUGCACGCGCUCUUCACCGUUGCCCAGGAAAUGCGACUCGCUGUGGAAAGACAAGGUGUGCUAGAUGUGUUGAAAGGCAGAGUCUUGGCCACGAUGUUUUACGAGCCAUCGACGAGAACUUCGGCAUCUUUCGACGCCGCCAUGCAGAGAUUAGGAGGUAGAGUUGUUGCUGUUGACUCAAACUUUUCUUCGGUUAAGAAAGGUGAAACCUUGCAGGACACAAUCAGAACAUUGUCAUGCUACGCCGAUGCCGUCAUCUUGAGGCAUCCACAGGAAGAGAGCGCUGAAAUAGCUGCUAAAUACUCGCCUGUACCGAUCAUCAACGCCGGUAAUGGCUCCAAGGAGCACCCAACCCAGGCAUUGUUGGACUUGUUCACCAUCAGAGAAGAAUUGGGAACCGUUAACGGCAUCACCGUGACAUUUAUGGGUGAUUUGAAAUACGGCAGACCCGUGCACUCCUUGGUCCACUUGUUGCGCCACUACCAAGUCAGAGUGCAGUUGGUUGCUCCCAAGGAGUUGGAAAUCCCCGCUGAAAUCAGAGACUUGUUGAAAAAGAACAAUAUGUUGGUGGCGGAGUCCGAGGUGUUGACCAAGGAAAUCAUUGCUAGAUCCGACGUCUUGUACUGCACCAGGGUGCAAGAAGAGAGAUUCGCAGACAAGGAACAGUACCACAGGUUGAAAGAUACGUAUAUCGUCGACAACAAGAUCUUGGGUAGUGCCAAACAACACAUGUGCGUCAUGCAUCCAUUGCCUAGACUCAAUGAGAUUAGAGAAGAAGUCGAUUUCGACCAGAGAGCUGCAUACUUUAGACAAAUGAGGCACGGACUCUUCAUCAGAAUGGCCUUGUUGGCCAUGGUCAUUGGUGUUGACUUUUAG